AUGAGCGAUAAAAGAGAAAUACCCACACUCUCACAGCUCAACACUACUGUUGACAGGGACAGGAAUGCUUCUGACACUUUGUCACCGGAGUAUGACAGUAAGGGAAGUACAAGCGGGCGCGAGGGUGGCAAUUUCCCCAUGUACAUUGCCAUCAAUGAAUAUUUCAAGCGGAUGGAAGAUGAGCUGGAUAUGAAGCCCGGUGACAAGAUAAAAGUGAUUACUGACGAUGAGGAAUACAAAGAUGGUUGGUAUUUUGGUCGUAAUUUAAGAACUAAUGAGGAAGGCUUAUAUCCAGUUGUCUUUACGCAAAAGAUAACGGUGGAAAAGGCUCCGACUUUGAUGAGAGCCAAAUCCACCAAGAGAGUUCAUAGUCCUUUAACUAAUGAAGACCCUCUUCUUUCCAGCACUUUUAUAAAUGAAAAUGACUCCAACAGUGAACUAAUCACUCCACAACCAAUUGAAACUGCUGCUUCUAUUUCGAGGAAUGCUAAUGGUAAGCUCGAUAGAAACCUAUCUUUAAAAAAUACAAUGUGCGAUAUAGAUAAUGCUUUGCAGGAGUUUAAAGAGGAUUCCGUGGGCGCACCAGACCGUUCUAUCGCGUCAAGCAGGGACGAAGCUCGUAGCAUAACCCACGAAACAAUUUUAUCAGCAACUGAUGGGCUAGAUGUGAUCGAAUCGAACAGUAAGUCAUCAACUAGCGGUUCCACUGGGUUAUUAAGCAGCGGUGUGGAAAAGCAAACUAGUUUAAUCAAUGGCAUUGAUACCAGUAAGCUGAAUCCUGUCGAAGCAGAACUGUGGACGCCUGAAGAAAUAACAGCUUACUUUAUUAUGGAAGGAUAUGAUGUCCAAUCGGCGUCCAGGUUCCAAAAACACAAAAUAUCAGGUAAAAUUCUGCUAGAAUUAGAAUUAGUUCAUUUGAAGGAGUUAGAUAUAAAUUCCUUUGGUACAAGAUUUGAGAUCUUCAAAGAAAUUGAAAAGAUUAAGGAGGCAAUCAGAACGAAUGGACGGUCAUGGAACAGAACCAGCAAGACUAAUAAUGCUAACAUUCAUAACCAAUUGAUGCCACCCGCGAAUGUUGACCAGAGAACUUCCUAUAGGGGUCACGUUAGGAAAACUUCGCAAUCUUUAGACGACCUUCCAUCACAGCAAAAUUUUACUCCUGCUCCUCAAGCUAAUAGAAAUUCCUCAACUUCCAAGCAUCGUCCAAAGUCCUUAGUAUUUGGUUCCCAAGAACCUAAUUCUGAUUUUACACCAAAUAUUCAAAUUCCUCAAGUUGUAAAGGAAAUAACUGGUGACGAGCAUUUGUUUGUCUCCCCAAGAAGGGCACCCAAACCUCCAUCUUAUCCAAGUCCUGCACAACCUCCCAAAUCACCACUAUUAAGUAAUAGAACGGUGUCGCCAUCAUCUACUCAACAUAACUCGUGGCAUUCUUCUUCGUCAUCUUACUCAGGUUCUAAAAAGAUUACUUAUAUUGAUCAAACAUCUUCGUCAAAUUCUACUUCAAAUUCUCGUUUUGCACUUUCGAAAAGCAUCCAAGAAAGUGGGAAGGCAUUAUCUCCUAUCCCCUCUCCCACCGACAAAUCUAUUUCGGAUGCUGAGAACAGUAUUAAAGACCGAAGCAUAUCAUCUAAAAAUGUGAAUUCCGUGAAUUACUCUGGAGAUGCUGUUGAUCCUUCUUUCAACAAAACAACUGCCUAUUCUAGCGAUGAAGAAGGUCAAUUUCAAGAAACAAUGGAUACCGUCGAAAGGCCUACCUCCAGUAUAUAUGCUGAUGGGUCAACCAUCGCAUCAGCGCAUAAUGGCAAAUCAACGCACGACGAGAAGGAGAAGGUAAAACUAACGAGGCGCUCCUCCUUAUUAUCUUCUAAGUCAAAAAGCGAUUCCCAGACGAACUCCUCCUUAAAGAGAAGUAGUAGCGUAUCACGUACUAGUUCAUGCAGAAAAAGUACUUUUAUGCUAAGUCCGUUUAGGCAGCAGUUCACCGAUAACGCGGCUCGCUCUUCACCAAACCUUGAAGGAGAAGCUAAUAAUACAACACCAUCAGCGAAAAACAGUUCAUCUCCAACAGAAAAGAAGUCUUCCAAGAAAAGCGAAUCAAAAAGAAGAUCAGUUAGUGCCAAGGAAGCUGUGCAUGAGGAUUUUACAGAGGUUGUGAAGGAUGAUAGAAAUAAGAGGUCUGUAAGCGAAGCUGUCAAGGGUGACACACUCAAGGGGAAAAGUUUGCGUCAAAUGACUACCAGACCUGUCCCCAAGAAAAAGCAAACCUCCGCAUUUAUUGAAGGCUUAAGAAACAUUAGCGUCAAAGAAUCAAUGAGGGAUGCUGACUUUUCAGGUUGGAUGAGCAAGAAAGGAAGCGGUACUAUGAGUACUUGGAAGACCCGAUUCUUCACAUUGCAUGGCACUAGAUUAUCUUACUUUAGUUCCACUACGGACACAAGAGAGAGAGGUCUUAUCGACAUCACGGCGCAUCGUGUUGUACCUGCCAAGGAGGAUGAUAAACUGGUCUCGCUGUAUGCUGCCAGUACAGGUAAAGGCCGCUAUUGUUUCAAACUAUUACCUCCACAGCCAGGUUCGAAGAAAGGAUUGACAUUCACACAACCUCGCACUCAUUAUUUUGCAGUCGAAAAUAAAGAGGAAAUGAGGGGUUGGAUGGCUGCAUUAAUCAAGACCACUAUUGAUAUCGACACAACAGUGCCAGUUAUUAGUUCCUAUACUACGCCAACGGUUUCCUUGAGCAAAGCACAGGAAAUGCUAGCGGAAGCAAGAGAAGAGACCAAGCUGAGGGAACAGGAAAUGUUGGAAAACGAGGAAGACGAGGAUCAGUUGCUAUGGGACCAGCAGCAGCAGCAGCAACAAAAUAACAGUCAAAAUCAAGUUGGUCGUGCAAUAUCAGUGUCGACCCAACGAACUUCUGACGAAGAUAGUUCCGUAUCUACUCCAAAUUUAUCCUCCGCUACCAAUACAACAAUUCGUUCUAACGGGUUUUCCAGUCCUUUCUUGCUGGCUUCCGGGAUGUUAUCUCCAGGACUGGCUCGCAACAACAGCAUGCGUGGGCCAGAGAAGAAAGGGAAACCCACGACAGAAGAGGACUACUUCGGGGAGGGUUCAAAACCUAAGAAUGACAAAGUAUAA